CAAUGAAAUGAAAAGACACAAAAACAAAAAUUGCACUGUAACGAUUAAUGACUGAAAGUUGCACACAAAUAAACCCUGGUGGAGGUAAUCAGCACAUUAGAAAUAUUUAUUUUAUUUAAGGGAACCCUGCUUGGAUAGUAACGUCAUCUGUUUUUUCAGGGGCGGGAGAUUUAAUAGAUGCGUUGAGGUAAAAAUGCACUUACGUGUUAUGUUCAUGUGUCACACUACCGGGGCACUGCUGAAAAGUGGGCAUGUCCAGUGAGUGAGCAUGUUUUCGUGUAUAUAAAGUAGAUUUUAGUUCUGCCUGCUUGACUGCUCCCAGCCAACUAAAAGGCAUAAGCAAGUACACAGCAGCCUGCCACCACCUCCAACACCACAGAUUUUUUUGGAGCGGCUUGUUUUGCCCAGGCAGCAUGGACGUAAGUAGCUCCCCACAGUAUCAGAUGCAAGCACAGCAUGCUGACGUUCUGUGUGGCAGCUGCCCCCCUGGUUCUGCCCCACAGACUAGCGCCCUUUGGCCGGGCCAGACGCCUGGGACCGGCUUCCCCAGCUGGCCUGCGCAGGCCACCCAGCAGAUAUUGCCCACCCAGCAGCAGGUCCAGCCCACCCAGCAGGCCUCGCAACCUGCACCGUGCUGGACCGGGCAGCCUAACACUCCAUGCUGGUUGGGGACUCAACCGUUGCCCGUCUCUGGACCCAGCCCUCUUCCGGUCCCACCUCAGAUCGUAACACCCUCGCCUGCCCCACCUGCAAGCAUGAUCCCUGCUUCAGCUCCGGCUCCGACCGUGGCUCCGGCUCCGAGUCAAAUCUGCCAGCCUUGUUGGCCUGGCCAGUACCAGCCUGCCCAACCUCCGGUUCAGGCUCAGGUACCCUUUCAGGUCCCGGCUUUAUCUCCAGUUCCUGUUCCAGCACCCGCUCCCGUUUCUGCCCCUGCUCAUGCUCUAUCUCCGAGCCUCCAUCCAUCUUUGCCAACAUGGACUGCCCAUCCUGGUUGGCCUUACAACCCCGGACAGCCAGGAUGGCCCGGACAGAACCCGGCCCUGAUGCCGAAACACUGGCUGCCGCCAACGUCAGGACCACUAAGCGUACCAUACAAUCUAAACCUGGCUCGAGGUGUCUACGACAAGAUGAUGAUGACCAUUCUGGGCCAGAUAAAACCUAAUGCGAAAAUGUUCACUAUAAACUUCCUACGAGGCAAUGACAUCGCCUUCCACAUCAACCCUCGCUUCGGUGAAGGGGGAAAGCAAGUGUUGGUGCGUAAUCACAAGGUGGGCGAGCAUUGGGGUCCGGAGGAGAGGGACCUGAAGGGACCCUUCCCCUUUGCCCUGGGGAGCCCCUUUGAGAUGAAGAUCUUGUGCACACAGGACUCGUUCCGCGUGGCGGUCAACAACAUUCCGUUGUUUGAAUUCCGCCACCGUGUCCGCGAGCUCAACCAGAUCAACAGAAUCAACAUCCUGCACGAUGUCGUCCUCACUUUUGUCAAUGUGGAGACACUUCCGUAGGACUGCCUCACAAAUUUAUCGAUUAAUGAACAUAACACGAUAUUGACAUUUCGUAAGUGUGAUUAAAUGUGUUACACGCUCCUUCACCACUAAAGCCACACUAAUAUUGAUGAAUGUAUACGCAUUAUAUUUAAACAGCUUUGUUUUCAACGUGUGCAUUCGACCACUUAUGAAUUUGUAUGAAUGUUUUUUAAACCAUUAAAUAGCCUCCAACAGAA